GGGUUUGGUAGCGUUGCUGAGCGGCGAGAUCUGAGCGCAGCGCGGAUGGAGGAAACAGUUUAGCAGCAGAACGCGAGCCGAGGACUACAGACGCGCUUCAGCGGAACACGAGCUCGGCGUGCUUCAGUAGGUCCUUGAUUUAAUGGGUCCCAUCAUCGGGAUGUCGCCGGAUAAGAAAGCUGAAUCCCCGGGUGUGGUGGAGGAGCGAGCGGGUCUGCGUGGGGUUUGUGGGACGCUGCCCGAGGACGAGUGCGCCGCCAGCCCCCUGGCCACCAGCCUGGACCACAGCUCCAGCUCCGGAGACGAAGAGCUCACCAACCUCAACUGGCUCCACGAGAACCUGCUCCAGAACUUCACGCUGGGCGUCCCCGAGGCCCAGUCCAGCCCAAGCCCGCUCUUCGACAUCGAGGGCAUCCACGGUGCCUCCGUCAUCUCCUCGGCCGCGGCGCACGCCGGUGAGUCCGUCAAGUCCAAGCCGCCCUUCUCCUUCUCCCUGCUCAUAUACAUGGCCAUCGAACAGUCGCCCAGCAAGUCUCUGCCAGUGAAGGACAUCUAUGGAUGGAUCCUGGAGCACUUCCCGUAUUUCUCUAGCGCCCCCACUGGCUGGAAGAACUCGGUGCGCCACAACCUGUCCCUCAACAAGUGCUUCCGAAAAGUGGAGAGGGGCCUUGGGAAGGUUAAUGGGAAGGGCUCUCUGUGGUGUGUGGACCCUGAAUACAGACCCAAUCUGAUCCAAGCCCUGAAGAAACAGCACUUUCCCUCAACCCACUCCUUCUGCACACCCCCUGCUUCCCCACCCAGUGCCUUCUCACCUGCACGUCACCUCUACCUCCGGGGCUGCUCUCUCAAAGAGUCUGACAUUGAUGCCGCCACUGCUAUGAUGCUCUUAAACUCGGCCCCUGGACACCAUAGUGACCCAUGUGACCCGGACAGCCCCUUAGACCUCUCACGCCCGGAUUCGGUCCUGGUGAGCAGUGACCCAAAGCAGGACCACAACUACAGCAGCUCGUCCUUCCAGCGCUGCUCGUCUCGCUCUUCCUCAUCCUCGCUGUCCUCCCUGGACUGUGACUCGGGCCAGAGCCGGCGCGCCGGCAGCGAGGGCUUCCACAGCGACGAGGAUUCGGAGGAAGAGAGGAACCUGCGUUUGCCUUCGCUCGCCGUCAAGUGCCCUCUCCCGGUUAAACGAGCCCGUCACGAACCCAAACCGGAGCUGGACGAGGAGUUGAAGGAGGCGGCCGGGUCUCUGUUGCAUCUAGCUGGGAUUCGAUCCGGCUUGGAUCUCUCGAAGCGAACGGCCAAGAGUAAAAAGCCGGAAAAGCAGCGAAAAGGAUUGGUUUAGGUGACAUUUAUCAAGUGACUAUUUUUCACAUCAUUGAAACCUUCUCUCUUGUUUUCUUGUGUUUUUAUACGAGAGAAUUCCCUCCCUGACUCAAACUACGGCAAUAGCAACCCUCACGCUGAGGUGAACGAAGCCAUACUGAGACUUACGGAGAAACGCAGGUUGUGCUUCAGGAUAGGGAGAAAUUGGUGUUUUUUCUCUUAAACGUUUGCAUGCUUCCUCUUUAAGUGAGUGUCCUACUUUUCCAAGUGUGCUAUUUAUACAGAGAACGAGUGCAUGUCUGUGAUGUUUGAAGCACUAACCUCUCGUCCAUUUUGUAGACGCGGAUUACGUCAAGAUUCCCUGCGCUUUUUUUUUAGUACAGAAUAAAUAAUGCAAUAAUUGUCAUCAGGCAGGUGCCGUUACAUUCGUUCUCCUCAUCAGAGGAGCUGGGUGUGUGUUGGGCUGUGUGCAGACACGGAUAACAGAUUUCUUUAAGGAUCCGUCAGUGUUUUGGUGAUGUUUAUGUGGUAAAUCUCAUGUAAACAGGUCACACUUCACUCCAGAAUCAAAAUAAAGAAAAAUAAAUUAUAUUUUUGCAUUAAAAUUAAUAUUAAGAUCUUUUUUUCUUUUUUUUUUGCAUUAGGACAUUUCCUUCAAAAUUCCCAUUUUUCUCAAUAAUAAUAAUUAUUACUGUGAUUUUAUAUAUAUAAUAUUAUUUUGGUAGCACAUCAAAUGUUACCAUGAUGUGAUACUAAUUAAUAAUGUAAUUCUUUUUUUCCAGUAUGCUUUUACAGAUUUGAAAUGGCGUGCACAAAAAUUGCUAAUAAAACAUACAUUUUGAAUUACAAUGUACUUUUUACAUUUUACGUCGUCAAAAAUUGGCAUGAAAAACAACAAAACGUUUGCUACCAUAGUGUAUUUAAAUUUUUGCAAAAAUGUAAAUAAAUAAUAAUAAUAACAGUACUAAAAUAGGCUUAAUUUCUCUCAUUUGUCACUUCACUCAUCAUCGAUUGUUAUUAUUGUAAUUUUCUUUAUUUUUAUUUUUUAUUAUUAAUGAAUUAAUUAAUUUAUUUAUUUUUGGAGUGAAAUAUGACCUGAAAAUGUUCAUGACAGAUUUCAUGAGAUUUACACCAUGAGGCUUUAACGAAUUUAAAAAGUAACACAAAAGAAGUGCAUGACUCGAAUCAAAGCCUAAUCUUGAAUAUCACACAGAUCAAGAUCCACAACCAUCAGUGGAGGAUUCAUAAACACAAACCUACUCUGGAGCCAGUCUGAAUGAACAGCACAUUUUCCCAUCAUCCAUCAGAUUCUGUGUGCUCAUUGAAACCCUCUGUUCAGAGCCUAUGCAAAAAAGGAAAGCUGUGUAGCUCUAAUUAUCCUCUUGGUAUAUAUUUAUAUGUGUGUGAUUGUGUAUGCAUGUGUUUCUGUGUCCAUACGUUACGUGUUUUAACACAGUCAGCAGACUUCAGAUCAACACUGGAUUUAAAGAAGAACUGAUGUAGAGGUACAUGUUCAUUGCAUGAAACCACUAAAGAAAAGCUCAUAUUUCACCUCAAAAUGACAAAGAAAAAUAAGAAAUUAUAUUUUGUAUAAAGAAAACAAAGAUCAAGAUUUUAUUUUUUACAAUUUAAGUAAUUUUCCCCCUAAAUUCCGGAGAAAAUGGCACUUAAUAAAAUUUCUUAAUUUAAGUUUAAAAUUUAGUUAAUUAGUUAAUCUAAUGUGAAAACAAAUAACUGUUAAUUUUAAUUAAAAAAAAUAUAUUACAGCAUUUGUAAAAAAAAAAAAAAAAAUUAAAUUUAAAGCUCAAACAUCAAAAUGUAGUUAUGUAAUUAUUAUUUUGGGGUGAAAUAUAAUCCACUAAAGUUUUAAUGAGAAACUACUGAGUUCCUGGCACAUAUACAGAAAAGCUGAAAGCCCAGAUACACGUAACCAGAUGUUUUUUCAUGCUGUAUGUAAGUAGAGGACAGAAUGAAGUCUGCUCAGCAGUUCUUGUUGUUUUUCCUCAUGUGACCCUCCGUCUGUAAUGUGAAUCAGGAGCCGGUCGCUCUUUAAAAACAGACCCGAAGCAGAAGAAGCACAUGCAGGACCUGUGCCAAAACACCAGAAUCCCUGCCUCAAACCUGAAGAAGAAACGACUCGCUGCUCCAUUCUUCAUUUCAUCAGUGUCCGCUCCUCUGGUGCCAAAUUAUCACUGCCAAGACUGCUUUCCUAAUCCUGCCGUCGUCUUUCUUUUCUUUUUUCGUGCAUCAGGUUAAGAAGUAUUGACCAUUAACUAAUAAAACUGCCAAGACCCAGUAUGUGAAAUGAGAAUUUUUGAUCACCGUCCCAUGAUGCACUGCUUCUCCAUUCUCGUUGUCCACUGAUAGAUGUUCCUGUGAAACUAAACUCACAGGUGAUGUUAGUGAAUGGAGUGUGUGUGAGAUGUAAAUACCUCCCUCAGUAUGAGCUUGUUCCCGUCUGCUAUAGACACACAAACCCCUGGUUUUUGUACGCUAACCUCUGUUAAUAAAAUGUUUAUAAAAUGUAUUUUCGCCAAAGAUAUGCAAUUGCAUUAUAUAUGGUAUUACUGAAUAAAAGAUGUUGAUUUACUAAA